AUGACCACAGCUGUCAACAGAGCCAGGACAAAGCAAGUGGAAAUGGAGGACCAAGGAUUAAACGAACCAAGAGCAAUGGAACUGAUGGAAGUCAAAGUGGAUGUACAAUCUGAAGAUCUGAAUUCCACCCACAGUGACGCAAAGCCUCUGAUUGACGACAGGGAUCCCAAAAGAGUCAACAAGAGUCUUAAGGUCACAUUUGAGGACGUGAUUGCAGAGCCUCCCUCGGUGCGGAGCUUUGAUAACGUGUGGUUGUGGAGUCACGCCCUGUUUGAGGUGUCCAGACUGUGGAUCUACCGCUUCAUCUCCCUUCUUCUGGCAGUGCCAGUCUCACUGGCAGCAGGGAUCCUCUUUGCGGUGCUGAGCUGCCUUCACAUCUGGUUGAUCAUGCCCUGUGUACAGCUCCUUCUCAUCAACAUGCACUGGGUUCGGACUGUGUGGGGCAGCAUACUGAACAUUCUCAUCAGCCCCUUGUUUAUUAGCAUUGGAAAGAGCUGUGGUCGAAUCACCAUCCAUCUGGCAAAAGAUGAAGACAAAUAG